CGCAUCCCUGGGCCAACAGCCAUUGGCACCUUCCUGUUUUUUGCCAGGAUCCAGCUUGGUCGUCACCUAGCGAACCUGUAGGUGCAGAUGCUACAUCUUCUCAUCGCAUUCAAAGGCUUCAUUCUUUUUUUCAAGAUUGAUUGACCACAAUACCACCCCCGAUUCUUCCUGGUGGUGUUGGUCGCCAGCCCCUCGACAUCGACCAUCCUGUGACAACGCAUCGUCCGCCGGAUAAGCGCUGAUAAGACUGUUUACUCACGGCCUGUCACCGCUGAUGCUGAUCUACAUUCCUGAGAUACACCACUCCAAGGAAACGGCUACCUAUCGAUAUCCAAUCUUCAGCAAAUAUACUAGCACAAUCAUAUUGUCUUGAGGGGUCGAUUUUGUAAGCAUCGAAGCUGCCCCUCGAGGGCCAGCUCAUGGAAACCCCGCCGUCAUGGCAACCGAAAAUCUUUCCCCCGCUGGAAGCAGCAGUUACUCUUCGAGUACCAUGUAUGUGGGAGACGGGACUUGGGACUCGACCAGGAAUGAUUUUCUGCUGCCGAAUUUGAUGGGCUUGAAUUUUGAGACAAUGCGAUAUAAUGGUAUUUAUUUCCCCACAGUCAGAAUAUAGCGUCCGCUAACUAGAAUUGUCCAACAGGAAUGGGAAAUCGGUUUGCAGGUAUGCCAGGAUAUUAUGGUUUAAUAUUAGGCCACGCCAUUCUCGCGGUGAUAACUUUCCUCUUUGUCGUUCCUGCCGCCAUUAUGAUAGCUCGGUUCUACGGACGAUCGCCUAGAAUGGCCCUCCGAGUUCAUAUUUACCUACAAAUUUUGACGGUUGCGCUCACAACUGUGGUGUUUGUGCUGGGUUGGUUUGCCGUGGGACCCUUGCGAAAGCUCACCAACCCGCAUCAUGGAAUUGGACUCGCCAUCUACGUCUUGGUCCUGGUUCAAGCGGUUGCCGGAGCCUGCAUCCACAGCCGAGAAAGGAAGAAAGCAAGGACUAGAAUUCCAUUUACACUCUAUUUGCAUCAGUGGAUCGGACGAGCGACUGCAUUGCUGGGAAUUGCACAAGUAGCUCUAGGGUUGACGCUCUACGGAAGUCCAAAAUGGACCUUCAUCUUGUACGCAAUCUGGGUGGCUUUCCUCGUGCUUCUUUUCUUCGUCUAUAGCUUCAGAGCUCGGGCUUCCAUUGAUAGGAUGGUAAGGAGAGAGAGUAGUCACGGCGGGACCGUCAUUUCCGACAAGAGGUCAAGUCGGUUUGGCGGCAUUGUUGCGCCUCUUGCAGCCGGAGCAGGCGCAGCUGCGUUGUUGAGCGGACGAAGGAGGAGUAGGAGCCGAAGUAGAAGUCACAGCAGGUCGAGGAGGGAAGAAGUUGUGCCGAGUCGCAGAGGUAGUGGCACCUAUAUUGAGGACGAGAAGUUUGACCACAAGAAAAAGGGAGGAGGAAUGAUGGACACUUUCAUGAAAGCAGCGGCUGCGGUGGGUGCGGCUGGUUUGGCGAAGAGUUGGUAUGAGAGGAAGCAGAACAGAAGAGAUGAUGUUUCCGUUUCCGAAUAUACUUCAGUUGCACCCGAAACCCCCAGCAGGCGGCCCAGCAGACGACAUCAACACACUGAGAGCGUCUAUACUGACGCUACUAGACUGGAAGAAGGUAGGCGGCCACAUUCGCCAUUGUUACCAGGAGAUCCCAGUAUAGCCGCAGCGGCCUUGAGUGCUGCAGAGGCUCGCCCAACAACAGCACGACCUGUCCGCCCUCAAUCGCGGUCUAGCUACACAUCAUACACCGAUUCGUACACUAACAGCGACUCUCCAUCCAGAAGACCUCAAGAAAACCAUGGAGUAGGAAAGGGAAUUCUGGCUGGGUUGGGACUUGGUUGGUUUGCGAAGAAAAUGGCAGAUCGCCGAGAGAAGAAAGAGGUGGAGUAUGAAGACGGAAUCCACGAAGAGAAACUCGAAGACGAGAAACAGAAACGCCAGGGUGGCAGCUCACGUUAUACAGGGGAUGGAUUUGGUCCUUCUCGGAAACAACAACGACAGCCAUCAACAAUAAUGUCUUCUGACUUAUCCUCCAUCAUUCCCUCAGACCCGCAUCAAAUACGACCAGGAUCUUCUAUACCUCCCAUUCCUACAUCAUUGACAGGAGGAGCUGCUUCACCAGCCAUGAGUCCCGUACAGAUGCCUCAUGCACCACCUGAUCCUCAAGGAAUUCUACACCAAUCAGAAUCUGGCAGUGAAGCCUAUGUGUCUAAUGGAGGUCCUCCACUUCGAAGACCCUCUGAGAGAAGACGACGACAAGGGGAUGCUGCCGCUGCCGAAGCGGUCGCAGCAGCGGCAGAGUUGGCUAAGGAGGAGGAGGCGAGAAGGCGAAGAAGCAGAAACAGAACCGACACCGUCAAUUCGCCUGUGAGUGUCAAAGUCAAAGUACAUGGCGACAACGACCGGCAUGUGACUCUACGGCGACUUACGCAAGAGGAGGCAGAAGCUGAGAGAGCAGCGCGGGGAACCUCCAAGGCUAGGAAGAAGCGUGCUGACAGUAUGAGCGAUCUCAGUGGCACUGAUACCGGGGCCGACAGACGACGAUACAGGAGGGCCGAAAGAGCAGCAGAAAAGAUUGCCGAAAAAAGAGCUGAGUCGGCUCCUACGACACCUCUGGAACCUCCAUCUACAGCCGGAGGUAGAAGGGCAAAGGACAGUGCCUAUUACAGUGGCAAACCAGGAGAUGCUUUUGGUGUGGGGGGGACAAGUAUUGCAAGUCGGGAGAGCCAUGGAACUUGGAGCGAAAUGAGUCCCUCAGGCGCAGGCAUCAAAAGCGAAAUGGGUGCUAGUGCUGAUGAGCGGCGGCGGCGGAGAAGGCAAGAAAGAAAUCGCAAGUCGGGUGGGCCCACGAGUACGGUAGAAUUUUCCUAACAGGUUUAAGGGAUUGAAGAUGAUGAAUAUGUUGGACGCAUCUGCAGGAGUUUGGGACUGUAAUAUCUGCCGGCCACGUGGUGUACAUGUUGAUGAAAGGGAUAAUUUCUAGUCUUUUGACUUAACCAGGGAUGAUAGGAAUGGUAGAUAAUUUCACUGUAUAUAGAAUUUAAAACACUUGGGCGCUUU